AUGAUGCUUAACACCACUCAAAAUGCUACGGUACUUCUGAAGAGAGUGCUCAGCUUAUCGGAUUUUUCCCCUUUGAUACUCUGCAUUGACGGAAUAGCGCAAAUGGCGAAUAAGCUAAUCGAUGAGCUAGUAUUUACAGCACAAAAUGCAUCUGACGUGAGAAUUGUAUAUGUUUCGUUUGAGACCCUUAACUACCCUAACUUUGAGUGUGAUUUUAUCAUAGCGGACUCUUUUGAGCUAGAAAAAUUGAUUGAGCAAAUCAAAUCGUUUCUUCCAACACCUCAGGAAUCUAUUACUUCCAAGCACCUGGUUAUUUUAGAUGCCAUCAACAGUAUUCCCACUACGAUGAUUUCACACUUUAUAGCCUCCAUAGCAUCGCGUCACACUUCCUUAUUGGCUGUUUUUCAUAGUGACCUACCAGAAUUGCCGAGUCCACAUACAGAGCAUUACCCAUCAUCGCAGGAGUUACUAAGCUUUAUGGCGACCUCAAUCAUUGAAGUGCACCCAAAAAUUUCACAUACAUCAACCAAUGAUCAGUUGAAGGAGCAGAUAUCGAAAUCAUUAAUACCGCGAGGCUUAAACAAUGAUAUAUUCGAAAUAACACUGACGAAUCGUCGAAAGUCGGGAAGAUCUUUGGUCUACAGUCUAGAGAUAGAUGCCAAGAAACAUGUUUAUGAACCGGUCUCUCGAAAUGAUGGGGAUAAUGAGACCGGGGAGACCCCAGAAAUGCUCCAGGAUUUGACAACCUUCAACUUGUCUACAUCUGCCAAACAAAAAUUGGCCAAAGAGCAGGUCGAUCUUCCUUUCUUGGAGGCGCAAUCUUUCAAUACAGGCGGUGCAAUUGUGUACCAAUUUGAGAAAGAUGAUGACUACGACGAAGAAGAUCCUUUUGAGGACCCUUUUUAG